CUUGUUAAAUUCAGUAACUUUACAGUAGCUUUACAUCUGACGUUCACCAAAACUUUCACCAGGAACUUGUCUGGGUUUCGGAGUGCUAUGGUUUUGGGAUUUAUCGCCUGCAUUUGGAUUACGUUUCCCUGCCUAGCCCAGUCUGGAUUGUUCGCCCGAACACCUGACUACCGCUUUCUUCCGUGGUUCGUCUUCCGCCUGAUCCUCUCACUCUAGUCCUGUCCGUCCGAGCUUGCUUCCAGCAAGAAAUUCUGGAAUUAUUCCUGGCAUACCGGAUGUGUGGCAUGUAAUGACAGACAAGUAAAGCGAAAUGGAAUUAUUUAAAGGUGGAAGCAAAAGACACAGACUGUGCAGCUAAAAGGAAAGAGAUUGAAAACCCAGACGUGCUUUAAAGAUGGCCAGCGCUUCUAUACCCCUCUAUAAUUUGGGAAGUGGCUACACCAUCGUCACUCAAGUUCUGCCCUCAACAGUGGAUCAGAAUUCCUCUCAGGCGGUCGGCCCACUGCAGAAAUUCCUGAAAGGAGAACCCAAAGCGCUGGGAACUGUCCAAAUAAUGAAUGGAAUCAUGAUAUUGCUGCUUGGUAUUUGGUUACUGAGUGACACAAGCAACACUGUGUACUUCUUUGUCAUAUUCUGUGGAUCGUUCUUUCACAUCAUGGCUGGUUCUCUGACUGUUUCAGCAUGCAACAAGCUUCAUCCUACUGUGGUGAAGUGGGCUAUGGCAGUGAAUAUUCUCAGUGCGAUAUCUGCAGCAAUCAUCGUCAUCAUACUUAUCCUGUAUUUGAGGUUUAACAGGUUUACGACUGCUGGAAUCAGUAGCAUUUUUCUGUUGGUUUUCUCUUUGCUCCAGUUCGCCGUCUCCAUCGCCAUCUCGGCUUUUGCCUGUAAAGCCACAGCCUCAAAUGAACCUACUCUGAACAUCAGCAAUGUGGUUCCAGAUCCUGAGGGAUAUGUUUCUGUGGACAACUACUUUCCAGCUCAUCAUGCUCACCCGGGGAUCAGUGCAAUUAAUGCUGUUGCCAUGCCUGUAGGAAGUCCUCCAGCAUACAGCGAGAUAAAAAGUGAAUCAGACAGCUGAAGAGAAUUUCAAAUAAGGAAUUACAGUAAAAUAGAAAACAGUAAAAUAAUAUUUUCAAUUUUCUCACAUAUGCACUGGUGAAGAACUAUAUUAUAAGGAAAUUAAAUCGUGUAUUUUUGUUAGUUUUUGCUGCAGUUGCUCCACACGUUUUAAAUUUUGGGAAUCUAAAUUGUACUCUAUUAAUAAUACUCUGUAUUAUUUUCUUCUAAAAUAAUAAUAAUAAUAAAGUAUACCACAGUGAUGUUGAA